AGUUGUGGUCGUCAACUUGUUGCUAGUUGUUACUGACUAGUGACUACUGACAAUGUAAAUAUACGUAAGUAAGUAAGUACAUAAUUUUGGCAGUCAGAGUUUUGGGAACUUUUAAUUCAGUUGCCAUUGUUUGAACUCUUUAAGAACGACAGCAAUUAUCAAGCACAAUGAGUGCCGGAAAACGGAUUGCCCUGGUGACGGGUGCGAAUAAAGGUAUUGGAUUUGCCAUCGUCCGAGGAUUAUGUAAGGCGCUGGGCGAUCGUGGAACUGUUUAUCUGGCUGCGCGGAACGAGCAGCUGGGUCAGCAGUCCGUGGCUGAACUAAAAACGGAAGAGAAUCUCCACUCAGAAUUCAUCCAGCUGGAUGUCACUGAUCGGAAAAGCAUCGAAAAAGCCCGUGACGCGAUUGUCGAACGACACGGCGGACUGGAUAUCCUCGUCAAUAAUGCGGGCAUGGCUUUUAAACACGAUGCCACGGAAUCGUUUGGACAGCAAGCCGAAGUGACGAUGGCAACAAAUUUCUUCGGUCUGUCGGAUGUGUGCGAUGUCAUGUUUCCCAUCCUCCGAUCUCAUGCCAGGGUGGUGAACGUGUCCAGUUGUCUGGGAAAUGUGAACACUAUCACCAGUGCGACCAUCAAGGCCCGUGUCAUUUCCGAUGAUCUGACCGUAGACGAACUAAAAACGAUCAUGAGCGAUUUUGUUUCAGCUGCGAAGCGCGAUACUCAGAAAGCAUAUAUUAAGGAAGUUGGUUUUCCCACUUCGGCCUACGGCAUGUCGAAAAUUGGUGUGACGGCGUUGUCCAGCAUUCAACAACGCCAACUGGACCAAGAUCGAUCGCGUACCGAUAUUGUCGUUAAUGCGAUUCAUCCUGGAUAUGUGGAUACUGAUUUGACUAGUCAUAAGGGCUCGCGAACUAUCGACGAAGGUGCCGUAUCAUCUAUUUACGCCGCUCUUCUGCCGGAAAAGACCGAUAUCCGUGGACAAUACGUUUCAUGUAAUUCUCAGGUGGAAGACUGGCGCAAAGGUGUUCAACGCACCGCUUGAAGUCUUUCCUUUGCCAACUUAUCGCGCCUCUCGUUCCCGGUUUCUGUUUUCCAGAGCAUCAAUUGCUUUCCAACGAUUUGUGCUUUAAUAUUUUUAUGAAAAAGUAGAGUUGUGAAGUUGCUUUGUGGUGGCAUAUCCCAGAUCAGACUGCAAAGGUCAUAGAAAUUAAUUUUUAGUUUUUGUUUACAGUGUUACGAUUUUGUAGUUGUAUUUGGCAUUUUUUUUACUUGUAAAAUCAAUGGUAAUGGGUGAAAUUGGCAUACUCAUCGAUCUACAGAGUAUUUCCAUAAAGUUAA